AUGGAUCAGCCCUAUAAAAAUGUCCUCCAUUCACUGUCCAUUCUUUGUGUUCCAGACAAUGGCAGGUCCUCUUCACUUAGGUCCCAUAUCCAUAAGCAGACUGAAAAGACAACAAGAGUACGGACUGUUCUGAAUGAAAAGCAGUUACACACACUACGAACGUGCUACGCAGCCAACCCUCGACCGGACGCCUUGAUGAAAGAACAGUUGGUAGAAAUGACUGGACUCAGCCCGAGGGUGAUCCGGGUCUGGUUUCAGAACAAACGCUGUAAAGACAAGAAGAAAUCCAUCCUCAUGAAACAGCUACAGCAGCAGCAACAACUCAGUGACAAGACGUUGUCUUUUCAGAGUCUUCAAGGGUUAACAGGAACGCCACUUGUAGCAGGAAGCCCCAUCCGCCAUGACAGUGCCGUGCAGGGAAAUGCAGUAGAGGUACAGACUUAUCAACCGCCCUGGAAAGCACUCAGUGAUUUUGCAUUACAGAGUGACUUGGAGCAACCAGCAUUUCAGCAGUUGGUAUCAUUUUCAGAAUCAGGUUCCCUUGGUAACUCUUCUGGGAGUGAUGUCACCUCCUUGUCUUCCCAACUUCCAGAUACCCCAAACAGCAUGGUCCCUAGUCCAGUGGAAACGUGA